AUGGAAUCCUGCGAGGGAGUCCUGUUGAUUCCUCCCGAGAGAGGUCAAAUUCUCGGUCGUGCAGUCUGGAAGCCGCGAUAUGUCGUCGUAGGCCGCCGCAACGCCCAUAAGCAAGACAAACUCGAACAACAGCCCAGUCCGAGCCUCGCGCAGGUCAUGACGACCAGUCGCAUUACCAAUUCUUCCUCCUCCUCCUCCUCGAAAACCCCCUCUAAGCCACUGCCCACCGAGGAUCCUUGCAUAUCUGUGUACAAGUCCAAGGAUGACUGGGAGCCCACCCACCAGUACCCUAUUGGCGCCAUUGUCGAUUGCCAAGUGCAAAUGGUCGCACAUCGCAAACAGGGACCGGUGCUUCCCACCCUCGUUGUCACGAUCAACGAUAAGGAGCGAAAACGCCGUUCUAGCAGAGCUGGAGGCCUUAUCUCAAGCAAAGAGCCCAGCGCCACCACACUCUGGUUCAGAACCCCUCCAGACGACCACCACAUCAGUCUGCAUGAGUGGGCUCGCUUCAUCUUGAUGAAGAAGACAGCCCCCAUGAGUCCGGACAGCCCGGCGUCGCCGUCUUUUAUCAACCCGUUCCCGCAGCGCGCCCAUACGAACGAGUAUUACCCGCGUCCGUCAAGCGGCAAUGCCAAUUCUCGAUCUGCUCUUCUGCACAAAAACUCGACUCAUCACUCGGGUCGCGAGCGUCCUGUAACUUUCAGUUCAGAGUCUCCCAGCCUGCGUUCCAAGCGAAGUGAUAUAUCGUCUCCUUCGAGUGCCUCACACCCAGCGCACAUGGGCUAUGCCAUGCCCGAUCUCAAUAAAUACACGACCGUCCUCCCAACUGACAUUCCAUCCCCGGUGGCCACCGUGGGCGAGUAUCAGCAAGGCGAGCUGAUUGAGGGUUGGACCGCUGCACAGGGACGAUCUUCGACUGUCAGCUCACCAAUUCGAGGUCGAGGGAGUGUUAGCUCUCAGGCCUUACACCCCGCGGCUAUCAACUCUAGCUCGCCACCCGCGGCACGUGAGACAAUCCUCGACCGAGCUUUUCAGCUUCGCUGCAUUCCCGGCUCGGAACGGGAGGUGCCCGGAGAGGAAAAACUAACCUCGCUGGCGCGCUUUGAUGCUCUGAUGCGCGAGGCAGACGAAAAGCGUCAGCAGAUAGAGAAGCGAAAGGAGACGGAGCGAGCAGCCUUACAAAGUGCCUGGGAUGUCGAUGACAGCUCUUCGGCUGAGGAGGAGGACGAAGAAGACUCGUCGUCGGACGAAUACGCCCACGAAGCUGACGGAAACCGCCAAACACUCAUCCCACCCAAUGCGCAGCGGGCUCUCAACUAUCUCGCAGGCCCGCCGCGUCAGCAGCGCACCUCAUCGCAAUCAUUGGCGCAUCAGCAGCAGCAGUCGGCCUCUCAGUCAUCCACCACGCGAAGCACUACGAACCACGAAACACCUCUGCAGGCCCCAUCCAGGCCCCAUACCGCCCACUCGAAGCUCCGCCCUAGCGUCGCGCAAAGAACACACAGUCAACCCCAGCUGGUACCACAGGGCAGACUGGACGUCCCAAUGCCAUCAUCCGGUAAGACUUCCGAAGAUGGAGGCUCACGGCCGAACCAGGAGAAGCGCCAGUCCACUUCGAGUGCCAAGCGGCUGAGCUUCACCGAGUUUACCAAGCGCCUCUCCAGCACCAGCAGCUUACUCUUAGUCCAGACGAACGUGAGCGGCGGGAGCAGUCGCGAGAGCACCGAGUUCGACCGAAAUCCAUCACCAGCACCGAGGGGUACUUUAAACGCUAGGGGCGCCCCCCCGCGCCCGCGGGACAUGGACCGUGAGGAAUGGGAGAAGCGCUGUGGCUGGCGAGCCGGCGUUGGCUUUACCGAGGGCGGCUUCUUAUGA